AUGGCGCCCCCGGCAUGCCGCCGGCGUCGGGCGAGCGGCUCGCUGUCCGUCGCAUCAGGGAUGGGAUUCCGCAGCCGGUUGGUCUUGGCGCACUGGAUGCUAGCAGCGCUCGUGACGCUGACGCUUGGAUGCGGCGCGAGCGAGCAGGCGCCCUCCCCGAGCGGCGACGCGCCCGCCUCCGAAACGUCGGCCGGCGGCGAUAGCGAGUCUGCGUCCACGGGGCCCACAGGCCCCGUGGUGCUCGGCGACAUGCUUGAGCCCUUCGACCCGCCGCCGCUCGAGGAACUCGUCAGCGGCAACGAGUGGAUCGACCGCACGGUCGCCGGCGGUGACGAGCGGCUGCGCGAGAUUCUGGCCGAACGUCCCGAGCCCGAGCUGUCGGUCGAGGAGGCGCUGGCGAUCAAGAACGAUUCGUCCGAGGCGAACGAGAAGAUUAGCGCCGCGCUGGGCCAACUCGCGCCGGAGGACCGGUCGGGCGUCGACGACACGGCGACGUUCGUGCGGCACGUCGGCGGCGACCUGAAGACGAUCAACCCGCUCCUGAUGUCGAGCAUCACGGACUUCGAGUACCAGGACCUGACGGGGAUCGGUCUGCUUACCAACGACAUCGAGGGCCGCACCUUCGCGCCGAGCGAGGUGGUCGAGAGUUGGCAGUCGAGCGAGGACCACCUCUACGACAAGUUCGUCCUCCGCGACGACCUCACCUGGUCGGACGGCGAGCCGGUGACCGCGCACGACUUCGCGUUCACCUUCAAGGCGAUCAUGACCAAGGACGUGAUCGUCCCCGCGGUGCGCACCGGUCCCGAUGAGUUACGCGCGGUGAUCGCCUACGACGACCAGACCCUGGUGGUGUUCCACAAGGCGAGCCUGGCGACGAACGACGGCAACAUGCAGUUCUACGCGCUGCCCAAGCACAUCUACGAGAAGACGAUCCCCGAUGACCCGAUGUUGUCCCGCAGCAAGGAGCACUCGCGGCUGGAGGACCACCCGGUUGUCGCCGGCCCGUACGAGCUGGUGAAGCGGGUCCGCGGCGACGAGUUCGUGGUGCGCCGCCGCGAGGCUUAUUACCUGCACGACGGCAAGCAGGUCCGUGACAAGCCGUUCCUGAAGGAGGUCCGCAUCAAGUUCAUCGAGGACUUCAACACGGCGCUGCUGGCCCUCGUGCAGGGCGACAUCGAAGAGAUGAUGCUGCGCGCCGAACAGUGGGAAACCCAGACCUCCGACGCCGAGUUCUACAAGCGGAACACGAAGGUGACGCAGCCGGAGUGGACCGAGUUCCACUUCACCUGGAACGUGAAGUCGCCCUUCUUCAGCGACCCUAAGGUCCGCUGGGCGAUGACCUACGCGGUCGAUUACACCGAGCUCAUCGAAACGCUCUGUUACGACCUCUACGAACAGUCGCAAGGGAACUUCCACCCCGACUCGUGGAUGUUCCCCAAGGACGCUCCGGAGCCGGUGAAGCAGGACCUCGACCGCGCGCAGCAGCUGCUCGCCGAGGCCGGCUGGGAGGACACCGAUGGCGACGGCGUUCUCGACAAAGAGAUCGGCGGCCGGCGCGUGCCGUUCGAGUUCACGAUGCUCACCUACCAGUCGGAGAACGGCAUCGCGACCGCGACGCUGAUGAAGGAGUCGCUCGACCUGCUGGGGAUCGUCUGCAACGUGAAACCGACGGAGUUCACCGUCUUGCAACAGAAGCUGCUGGACCACGAGUUCGAGGCCUCGAUGGGCGGCUGGGGCAGCGGCAAGGACCCCGCGACCAACGUCAACAUCUUUGGAACCGGCGAGGGCCGCAACUACGGCAAUUAUUCCAACCCGGAAGUCGACGAGCUCUUCGAGCAGGGGAAGCACGAGUUCGACCCCGAAAAGCGCGCGGAGAUCUACGGCAAGAUCCACAUGAAGUUGUGGGAGGACCAGCCCUACACGUGGCUGUUCUACCGGGCGGGCUUUUACGCCUACAGCAAGAAGCUGCGCGGCUACAACCUGAGCCCGUGGGGGCCGUACUAUUACACGCCCGGCGUGCACAGCAUCUUCGCCCCGGCCCAGUGA